AUGGCUUCCACCAAGCCCAACCCGCCAGUGGCGUUGGACACUAUCACUCAACAGAUCGGCAACACCCCUCUAGUCCGACUGAACCGACUGCCCCGCAGCUUGGGAAUUGAUGCCACCGUCUACGCCAAAUUGGAAUACUUCAAUGCUGGAGGCAGUGUCAAGGACCGUAUUGCCUUGCGCAUGAUCGAGGAGGCUGAAAAGUCCGGCCGCAUCAAGCCCGGUGAUACUCUGAUUGAGCCCACCAGUGGCAACACUGGUAUCGGUCUUGCUCUGGUCGGUGCUGUCAAGGGCUACAAGACCAUCAUCACCCUCCCCGAGAAAAUGUCCGCCGAGAAAGUCUCCGUCCUGAAGGCUCUGAAUGCAACCAUCAUCCUCGCGCAGCGUCUGCAGAAGGAACUCCCAAAUGCUCACAUCCUCGAUCAAUACUGCAACGAGAACAACCCCAACGCCCACGAAUUCGGCACCGCCGAGGAGAUCUGGGCCCAGACCAACGGCGCUGUCAAUGCUGUUGUUGCCGGCGCCGGAACCGGUGGCACCAUCACCGGUAUUGCUCGCGGUCUCAAGAAGCACAACCCUAAUGUCGAUGUGAUCGCCGCUGAUCCCCUUGGUUCAAUUCUCGCUCUCCCGACCACCCUGAACGAUGCCCAUGAAAAUGAGCCGUACAAGGUUGAGGGUAUCGGUUAUGAUUUCAUUCCCGAUGUGCUGGACCAGAAGAUCGUUGAUCGGUGGUACAAGACUGCUGAUAAGGAGUCCUUCCAAUAUUCCCGCCGUUUGAUUGCCGAGGAGGGUCUUCUUGUUGGUGGUAGCAGUGGAAGUGCCAUUGCCGCCCUGGUCAAGGCCAAUGAGGAGCGCAAGUUUGCCAAGGAUGAUGUUGUGGUGGUUGUCCUGCCUGAUAGCAUUCGCAGCUACCUCACCAAGUUCGCCGACGACGACUGGCUCGCAGCCAACGACCUCCUAACCGCCCCCCUCUCCGACACCGUCACCGAGGCCCAGAAACCCACCGGAUCCAAGGACCCCCUCUCCAACGCCAAGGUCAGCGCCCUCCGCCUGAAACCCAUCACCACCGUGACAGCCAACUUCCCCUGUGAAGCCGCCAUCGAAAUCAUGCGCGAGAAGGGCUUCGACCAACUCCCUGUCCUCGCCCCCUCGGGCCGUAAGCUCGUCGGCCUGGUGACUCUGGGUAACGUCCUCAGCCGACUGACACACGGCCGCGCCUCGGCCAAGAGCCCCGUUUCCGACGUCAUGUUCGACUUCUCCAAGAUCCCCGAGGUCGUGACGGACCCCCGUGAAGCGACAGGCCUGCAAAAGCGCCGCCAAUUCAUGGAAAUCACCAUGGACACACCGCUGAACGUGCUGAACCGUUUCUUCGAGUGGAACUCUGCUGCGGUCGUCACUGAGAAGGGCGAGGGUGGUUCGCUUAAGCCGUUGGCGAUUGUCACCAAGGUGGAUCUUCUUUCUUGGUUGUUGCACCAGGGCAAGGCCAACGGCAACGGCACCAGUGCUUAA